AUGUCGACGCUGGGAACGAGCUACUACGUUGACUCGCGCGUUCUUCCUGAGCAGGAAGAUAUGGCCCCGAGGUACUCAUCAGCUGCAGGGGUGGAACAGGCAGCGGUAGCCGAAUAUGGCGAACAGGAGUCUUGCCCUUUGCAGCCAAAAUCUUCUAUUUUUGGUGGAUCUUGGAGUACCAUCUCGAGCCACACUCCAAACUCAGCCACUCCGACUUACAUCCAUCACCAUUACAGAAGCGGAGACAGUGAUGAUAUGUUUACGCGCUCCUGGGCUUUGGACCCGGUCACUGCGUCCUUGUGUUUAACGGGAUUACAGUCCACAGCAAUGCAUUAUGAGGUAAAACCCGAACCUCUGAUUGGAAAUGCUGAAUGCACGACUUUAGAGACGCACACUCCUCUUUUGUCUGAUAUUGAAAACGGAGCGUCCCUUACUGAGAAUCCCUGCGAAACCUCAUCCACUUCUAACGCCGCUGAAGAGAACCAGAUAGCAGAGGGGAAAACUGAGACAGAUCCAAACAACCCAUCAUCCAACUGGCUUCAUGCAAAGCCCACCAGAAAAAAGCGCUGCCCGUACACGAAGCAUCAAAUUCUGGAACUGGAAAAGGAAUUUCUCUUUAACAUAUACCUCCCCCGAGAUCGCAGAUAUGAAGUAGCGAGACUCCUGAAUUUGACCGAAAGACAGGUAAAGAUCUGGUUUCAGAACCGCAGAAUGAAGAUGAAGAAAGAAAACAAAGACAGACGGAGAGACAGCUAA